AAUUAAAAUUCAUUUUUUUUAUUGGCGAUCAGUGAGAAAAAGAAGCAGCAAAAGGGAAAAAAGAAAGAGGGCAAUGGAGAUUGAAGAAGACGAAGAACGACGUCGUCAAAGGAAGCUUGAAGAAGCACUUGAAGUCAAAUCCCUUCGCCGUAUUAUCAGUGCUUAUCUCAAUUAUCCAGAGGCUGCUGAAGAGGAUGUUAGAAGAUAUGAAAAAUCAUUUAAGAAGCUUCCGCCUGCUCACAAGGCUUUGUUGCCCCACUAUCCUUCUAAGUUCCAAAAUCUAAGAAGGUGUAUUUCUUUGAAUUCGUAUUUCAUAUUUACCAUGCUUCAGGCAUUUGAACCUCCUUUAGAUAUGAGCCAGGAUGUGGAUGGUUGCAAGGAUCCACACCUAGAAAACUUUGAACAUGGGCAUUGCCAUUCUGAGGAGAGAAAUGCUUCCUCUUGUCAGUCUGCAUCAACCAGCGGAAGAAUGUGUUGUUCCAACCAUGCUCAAGCUUGUUCUCAGGAAAAAAGCAACAUAAUGAGCAAUCCAACAACAGAGCUGCAGGAGGUGAAAAGCGAACAGCAACAUGAGCCUAUCUUUGGAAGCGGUGCUGGAGAAGUGGAAAAUAACAAUGAGAUAGCUGAAUGUUGCAGCAACGAUGUUGCUGAUUCUAAUGGGAAUGCAUUUUCAUCUCCACAUGACUGGUUGGAUCCGUCAUUGCAGUUAAAUGUUCCAUUGGUUGAUGUUGAUAAGGUGCGUUGCAUAAUAAGAAAUAUUGUAAGAGACUGGGCAGCAGAGGGAGAAAAAGAACGAAAUCAGUGCUAUAAGCCCAUUCUUGAAGAACUUGAUGCUCAAUUUCCUAAUCGCUCCAAAGAGAGCCCUCCUGCAUGUUUAGUUCCUGGUGCUGGACUUGGGCGGCUAGCCCUAGAGAUUUCAUGCCUUGGUUUCAUAAGUCAAGGAAAUGAAUUUUCGUACUACAUGAUGAUAUGUUCAAGUUUUAUUCUUAAUCAUACUGAAACAACUGGACAAUGGACAAUAUAUCCUUGGAUCCACAGCAAUUGCAAUUCACUUUCAGACAAUGAUCAACUUCGUCCUGUUUUAAUACCAGAUAUUCAUCCAGCGAGUGCAGGGAUUACUGAAGGAUUUUCUAUGUGUGGUGGGGAUUUUGUUGAAGUCUAUAAUGAUUCCAGCCAGAUUGGAGUCUGGGAUGCUGUUGUGACUUGUUUCUUUAUUGACACGGCGCACAACAUCAUUGAGUACAUUGAAAUCAUAUCAAGAAUUUUGAAGGAGGGUGGUGUUUGGAUAAACUUCGGACCUCUAUUGUAUCACUUCGCAGACAUGUACGGGCAGGAAGAUGAUAUGUCAAUUGAGUUGAGUUUGGAAGAUGUAAAGAAGAUUGCUUUUCACUACGGAUUCGAGUUAGAGAAAGAACAGACCAUUGAAACAACGUAUACUACAAAUCCUCGAUCCAUGAUGCAAAACCAUUACCAUGCUGCAUUCUGGACAAUGCGAAAGAAAAGAACAACUACGACAUAGCAUGCAAGAAGAUGAUAUGCAUUCCUCUCUUAAACAUACUCUCAGGUUUUAUUCCUCAUUUGGAUAUUUUUUAUAUAUAAGACUUAAUUUCCCCUGAGAUUUUCUUGUUAGUUUGGAUUAUUACAAAACAUAAUCAGUUCUUUGAUUAAUUAUAUAGAUUUAUGCAAUCAGCAUAUUCUGUUUUGAACCAAAAUUUUGUUUCCUGUGGUUACAACUUAAGAGUUGAUGUUAACCCAAGUUUUCAUUUUACAUUUAUCUGGACGUGUAUGAUUGGGAAAACUUUAAAAAGUUCGAAUAUACAUGUGUUGGAGAUA